AUGCCAGGGACAUCUGACGAUGAGGACGACUCACGCACUGCUUCUGUUGGCUUAGCGCGAGUGCGAGUGACCACCAGCGAUCCCCCGAAUUCAAAAGACAGCAGCCGAAAAAAAGGGUCGCGGAAAAAAGGUAGAUCGAAGAAGAACGUUUUUCACGACUUCGUACCAAAAGGUGGCAAAUUCUCUGCGACUCCAUUGGCAGUUGACCCAGAGAACUCUACCUCCUCGUCCAGGUCCAAUUCAUUGGAGAGUGACGAAGGAUCUGAGCAGAAAAUGAACAAGCGGCAAAGGACCAAUGCGCCUGCCAUUAAUUGGAAUCAAGCGAGCCGCAGCACCAUUCGCACCAGCCUUGGAACAAGGCCCACGCUUACGGGCGUGAAGAAACAAGCAAAGUCGGCUUUCGAUGCAGUCAACGACAAGUAUUUCCGAAGUCGCAGCGCAUCCGUAUCUGAUGAGGAAGCGCAUGAAGAUAAUCACACCGACGCAGCGAAAGCCGGUCAAAAUACGAACGGUGAUUCAAAAACAUACUACGUGGAUGACUCCGAUGGCUCAGAUACUGGAGAAGAUUCGGAAGGGGACGACUCGAUGAUGUUGAAUAUUGGACAGCAGGGUGGUGGAAAUGGCCCAGUUCUUGCUCGAGACGAUAGCGUAAACGACUCCACCCCUCCGUUUGUCCUUGAUACGUCCCCAAAUCUUGGUCUCGCUUCGGCCAAUACUUCCAUCAACCAGGUUGAACAACAGCAGAAAGAAAAAUUAGAUAUCCGAGAAAAUGGCAGCGUGUUGUCUGAUCAUUCACUCACGCAACUUCCGCCACAGUCGAAAGCCGAAGCAUUCGCGGAAUUUGCCGCACUCUACAAAACAUGGCCAGUUAUUCUUGCAGAUUUGGAGAUCAAAGACCUUGAGAUACAAAAUCGCUUUUUCUAUUAUAAUUCUAGUAUCCAUGACCUUGACUUAACAAAGCCUAUUUCGUGCACUGAGUGUUUGAAGGAGGGGCAUCUUGCCUUUAUCUGCCCAUCGAAGGAGUGUAAAAAUUGUGGCUCCUGGAACCUGCACGAAACUCUACUUUGUCCCAGUGUAAGGCGAUGUCAGAGAUGUCGGGAAGUCGGACAUGAUUCCCACACUUGCCCAUCUAGCUUGAAAGCUUCAGCUGCCGAAACCCCAUGUGAUUACUGCGGUUCUGAUACUCACACAGAGCACGACUGUGAUAAGUUGUGGAAGUUUCCCAAAGUAGAGCCUCUUGAGGGUCCGAUCAAAGUUUCAAUUUCAUGCAGUUACUGCACCAACAAAAAUCAUCUUUUCGGUGAUUGUCCCCUUAAGAGGCUUCCUACAACGUCUAGCACAUUCACAUUGAAGGACUAUGUGCCAUCUAUGAUUACCAACCUCAAUUCUGUUCUCGGGCCGAGGAAAGCAGAUGAUCCGGGAAUGAGCAUCCGUGGCCGUGCUGCUGGACAUCCACAGGAAAUAGAUUCACCUGAUGACGAGGACACGCUAGUACUUCAUGGCUCACGAACGCAGUCAGGUUUCCGCGGUGGUCGAGGGACUACCGGAGUCGAGAUGGCGACUUUCAUAGACCAAGACAACGAUCUCGUUCACCUGGGACUAGUUACAAACCCCCUCCUCGGUCAGGCAGAGGUGGCAGAGGGCGCAGUCGGGGCAGAGGACGUGAUCAGUACCGUCCGGGUCGGCCGUGAAUAA